UCGCUGCAAGGACACACCGCAUGUGUAUACUCUGUCGCAUUUUCGCCCGAUGGCUCCCGCAUUGCCUCAGCGGCAGGAGACGAGACGAUACGCCUUUGGGAUGCGGAUACCGGAGACGCCAUCCUCGAACCACUACAAGGCCAUGUAGCCUGGGUCAGGUCCGUUGCGUUCUCGCCUGAUGGCAAGCGCAUGGUCUCUGGCUCCGACGACCAGACUGUACGACUGUGGGACGCUGCAACGGGAAGCAGGAUUGGCCAAGCGCUUCUGGGGCAUACGCAUACCAUAGUCUCCGUGGCCUUCUCGCAUGAUGGCAGGCACGUCGUCUCGGGCUCUUUCGAUGGGACAAUCCGACUAUGGGACGUGGACACAGGGAACGCGAUACGUGAACCUCUGCGAGGGGGCGCGGCGCCGGUAUUUGUCUGCUUCUCGCCCAUCUUCGACGACGUCGUAUCCGUGCUCCACGAUGGCUGGAUCCAUAUAUGGGAUCCCGAGACGGGUCAGCCCGUCGCAGAGCCGUCGCAAUGCGACGGCGACACUAUCCAUUCAAUUGCAUGCUCAAUGGAUGGCGAGCGCAUGGCUGUGGGCUAUCGCAAUGGCACGGUUCGUGUCCUGGACGUGCGCACCGGGGCGACGCUGUUGGGACCCUUGAAGGGGCACACCAAAAUCGUUAGUUCCGUGGCGUUUUCACCGGAGGGGAGGCACAUCGCGUCCGGCUCGUCCGAUCUUACCGUCAGGAUAUGGGACGCGUCGACGGGGGAAACGGUGGUUGGGCCUUUAAUAGGGCACGAAUUUGGCGUCCGGUGCGUAGAGUUUUCGCCGGAUGGGAAACGGGUCGUGUCCGGUGGGAAAGACGGGGUGUUGAGGAUAUGGAACAUGGAGGCUGAAGGAGUUCGAUAA